AUGGAAAAUACGCGUACCUCUGAGUUUGAUUUUUUUAAUUUCGAAACCAAAAUAAGAGGAAUUGUAUCAGAACUUAUAGCGCCUACAUUAAGGAGAGUUACAAAUCAUGAAGAAUCUAUUGACAAGCUGAUAAAGCAUGAUAAUUCUGCUCAAAAAAGACUAGAUGAACUUGAUUUUAUGACUGAUAAAACAUUGAAAAAAGUAAUCACUAUUGAUGAGCUGAGCAAAUCACUUACAGAACUAACUCCCCAUUUAAGAGUGAGCAAAAUUUGAAGACUCUCCUUUAUGGAAAAUUAGCACUUUUUAAAGAGCGUAAUUUUUUUAUUGAAAAUAUUUUUAUAUGUAUACAAUAAGACAAUAAGCUAAUUAUAUAAUAAGUAGAUAGUUUGCAUUUUUAAAUAUAAACUCUAUAAUUUAAAUAAUUUUUUUUAUUUCAAAUUAUAUUCUUUAAAAUCUGCUAUUAAUUUUCUUAAAAUAAUUUACCCCUUCUUAAGAGCGACCAGAAAACCUUGGUCUCUUUUGCGUAUGUGGAAUGAGAAACCAAAAAAAUACCCAAGAUGCACAUAAUAUGUUUAGGUUUGAAAGCCUUCAGACUAGUGUUGACAAUAUAAAUCAUUUAUUUGAAAAUAUUUUAGUCAACUUUUCUUCUUUGCAAGAUUCUCAAUUGGGAAUUCGAAGUUUAGUUGAGGAAUUUAAGUAUAGCUUUCAAAAUGAUAUAGCCUAUAAGCAUAAAUGGAUCUUCCUAGACUUUGAAAACUCCCAGAGUUGGUUAUCUAAUUACGGCUAGAAAACAAACUUAGAGAGUUAUAAAUUGAAGCCAUUUAGGCUCUCGCCAAAUCUCUGAACUGGUUUGCAAGCUUAAUUUAGAUAAGCCAACUCUUGAAAUUUCUUGGUCUAGAACGAUUAAUAACCCCUCCUAGGCUAUAGAAAAUCAAUUACUGAAGAAAAUAAUAAAAAUAGAGAAGAAAUUUGAAAUUGUUGCAAUUUAAUUCGAGAGGAUUGAGAAAAAUUUAGAGAUCGCAUUGAAGAUAAUAAAAGACAAAUGGUUGAUAUUAAUGAAAAUGUUUUGCCUGCAGUAAAUAAAGAUGUAGAGAUGCUUAAAAUUAAGAUAAGAGAAGUAAAACAGAAAAUAGAAAAUAAAAAUGAAGAAAUCGAGGAUAAGGAAUUGAUAAGGCUUAAGAAACAAAUACAAAAAGAAAUAGGUGUCUUAUAUGAAGAGAUUGUUGAGCUUACUCCUCCUCCGUUAAGAAUAAAAAAGUCUGUUAAUGAUAUAAGCAUUUUAUAUAAAAUAUUUAAUUUAUAAGUAUUAAUUAAUAUAGUGAAAUUUGUAUUUAAUUCUAUAAAACUAUAAUUUGCAUUUUAAAACUACAUUUUUUAAAAUUUUAUCAUUUUUUUUUUUCUUUUCAUUUUUUACAAGAAAAUAAAAAUUUAAAACAUUUUGCUCGCUCACAAAGAAUUAGAGAUUUUAAAAAUAAAAUAUUAGGGUAUAUCCAAACUCAACUGCCUAUAGAAAGGCUGCAUGAUAUUUCUGAGUCGCUGAGCGUUUUUCUAGGCUAUGAGGAUUUAGUAAAUUUCAUAAAUUAUGAAAAUUCCAAAUUGGAAAAGCUAAAAACUGAGGAUGGGAAUAAACUGACAAUAGGUGAGAUAAUAGAAAAAACAAAAAAUAAUGUUGAAAAAAUUGACGAAGUCAGAAAUUUACGAUUAAAUAAUGCCAAGGCUGCUGAUGAAUCUAAAAAGGCUCUGCUAAAGAAAGAAAAUGAAGCUAUUAUUAGAAGUCAUAAAAGCCACAGAUCAUUAAAAAAUGAAAAUUCAUCAAGUCAAAUAAAAAAUAACAUAAAUUCAUCAGAAAAUAGUCUGCCAAUUAAAGAAAUAAUUGAGGAGACCUAUGAAAAUAAAAAAAUAAGAGAUCUUAGCUCACAUAUCAAUGAAAAUUUGGCUGGAAAAUUCAAAGAAGACCAAGAAAUUAUAGAUGAAUUGCCUUCAAAUUCUCAAGUUCUUGAAAUAUCUGAAUAUAUGCAAAACAAAAAAACAAAAAACAGGCCUAAAAGAAUAAGGCCUACAAAAGCAGCUAAGGAAAAAAUUCUGCCUGGUUUAGCUGUGCAAGAAACAGAUCAUAUAGACAAUUAUCAGGAAAAUAAAAGUGAUGAUUAUAUUCAAUCACCAGAAAAUAAUCCAAAAAACAAACUUCUAAAUUCUUCAAAUUUGCAAAUCAGCUUUACAGAGGCUCCCAUUCAGAAAAAACCAUCGAACUUGCGAGCUCAAGAAGACCAAACUGAAUCUUUAAAUGAAAUUCCUAAAAAAUCUGAAAAUCAAAUGGACAGACUUGAUAAAGAAAAACUACCAAAAACAGUGUCUCUAAAACAAAGCCAGGAUAAACCCAUAAGCUUGAACCCAGAAAAUGAAAAGCCUAACCAAUCUGCAAAAAAUACUCAACUUUCAGACGCUAGUUUUGUAUUUCAGCACAAAUUAGAUACUAAUCAUCCAAUAGAAGAGCUAAAAGAAAAUAUCAAUAUCGAAGAAUUUUCAACCGAAAGCAACAAUCCAAAGCCAGAAAACCUUAAUUUGACUGAAACUGAUCUUUCCUCAGAAGAGUCUUCAAACAGCCUUGAUGAAAUUUAUGUCCAGCUUGAUGACCUUAAACUCUCCCUCAGCCAUCUCUUAAUUUUCAAAGAAGAAUUCGAGGCUCUAAAAAUUGACUUCAUCUAUAAAGCUGACUUCGAGAAUCUCAAAAACGACCUAGAAUCCACCGUUUUAUUCUGCAAAGCAUCUCUAGAACAAUUCAAAAGCGAAAUUGACUCAAAUUUUGAUUUAUUUAAUAGUGAAUUCAAAAUUAUGCUAAAAGAAAGAAAACAAGACAGAUAUGAUAUACAAAAAAUGAUUUCCCAGACCCAACAAGAGUCAAGGGAUCGUGAAAAAUUAAUGGCAACUAUAAUAAGCCAGGUAGAAAAUAUUAGUGAGCUUGUAGCUAGCUUAAGCGAAUUUUGUAGGGUGAUGCAUACGUUGAUACUUCAAGAUGAAGAAGAUAGGCAAUCUAUUCAAUUAACGGGGUAUUCUGACAGCUCUACUCCAAGACUAUCAAAAGGAGUUGUUUCUUUAAAACCUGAGUGUAUUACAUGCACAGGACAAAACCCAUUGCUUUUAAAUGCCUUUAAAUUGGCAUGCUUAAACUACUCGCCUACACCUGUAAAAUAUAGGUAUAGAACUUAUAACAGAAGGCAAUUAAUUCAAAUAAUGGGAAGCUUCUUAGGAAGUGCAUGGAAUUCUGCGAGCACAAAGCCGCCUUAUGACUCUGGGUCUUUUAAAACUUUGAAUGAUUCAGAUAUUUUGCCUGGCUCAAAGGGUGCUAAACAUAGGGCAUCAAAAAGCCAGCAUAUAGACUUGCCAAGCAUAAAUACAAGUAAAUUGUUUUUGGAUAUUCAAGAAACAUCAAGAAGUUAUCUUUAA